CAUGGUGUCUAGCGAUUGCGAUUCUCUGCAACCCUGUCUUUCAAUCCACACGUUGUAAUCAUGAGCUCCUCACAGGUACCCACCAGCCCACCCAGCGAUGGAGAGGAUGCCAGGACUAUUGUCUACGACCCCAACGAUCCGUUCUGGCGAGAUACCGAGGAUGAUGAUGACGACAUGGACUAUGUGCCAGCACGAGCUGGCAGCGACGAAGACGAGGAUGGAGAGUUGGAAAUGAGCUUCCACGAUGCUGCAGAGCAAUUGAGCAACCUCAGCGGUGUUGAAAUCGCCUUCGAGUAUACCGACGAUAACGAUAACGAUGACGAUGAUGACGAUGAGGAAGAUGAUGACGAUGAAGAAGAGGACGACGAUGAGGAUGAGGACGAGGAAGAGGGGGAGGGAGGAGAAGCCGAAGCUGCCAACCCGCGACGGACUCCAGUAUACAUAAGUCGCGAACAAAUCAUGCAGCUACUCGGCCACGCGGGGCUUGGGCGCAUAUUUGCCUCAGACUUCACGUCACGAACCGAUCGACGGCAACGUCGUCGCCUCGCUGGAGAAGACGAGGAAGAUGAGGAGGAAGACAGCGAAUCUGCUACAGGGUAUGCUCCGGUUGGGUCUGGAAGGCCACGCCGUCCACGGGGUAGAGCAGCGUUUGACAAGGUACCGAGUGAUCAGGGUAGAGAGUUGAUGAAUGCUGGUACCUUUGGUUCCAACCCACGACGGGAAACAACUAUCAAGAGAAAGAAGAGGCUGGCAUACGACAUUAUGAGGAGAGAACUGGGCGCAGGAAGCGAUGGACGCCAGAAGAACGCAACAAGACUACUGAAGCAGGAUAUGAUUCCAGAGUCGACCGCUGACAUGAUUAUACACUACAACGCGCGAUGUUACUCGGGACAAUUUUCAGACGAUGGCAACUUCUUUUUCUCUUGCGCACAGGACUUUCGAGUCAGAAUGUACGACACAUCCAACCCAUACGACUGGAAGUAUUAUAAGUCGGUGGUCUAUCCCUACGGACAGUGGACAAUCACAGACGCAUCUUUGAGUCCUGACAACCGCUUCCUGGCGUACAGCUCCAUCAGGAGUAUCGUUUGUCUGGCGCCUACAGAUCCAGACAAUGAAUCAGAUCCAAUGCUCCUCGAUUUCGCGAACAUAGGCGCUGUCAAUCCUCGCGGAUUUCAUACAUAUUUUGGUAUCUGGUCAAUUCGGUUCUCAGGCGAUGGAAGAGAGAUCGUAGCAGGCGCAGGUGACAAUUCAGUCUACGUGUACGACAUCGAACGACGGCAAUCUGUUCUCCGCAUCCCAGGCCACCAAGACGACGUCAACGCAGUCUGUUUCGGCGACUCGCAAUCGCCACACAUUCUAUACUCAGGCUCUGAUGAUACCACGCUCAAGGUCUGGGAUCGGCGAAGCAUGGGCGACGGCCGUGAGGCCGGUGUAUUCCUUGGCCAUACAGAAGGUCUCACUUAUGUUGAUAGUAAAGGAGAUGGCAGACACGUGCUCAGUAACGGCAAAGACCAAACUGCUAAGCUUUGGGAUCUGAGGAAAAUGAUGACCAUGGAGAAGGCUGACCGCAUCGACCCCAUGGCCUACACCACACGCUUCGAGUACCGCUCCAACGCCUAUGACGACAAGGACUACCGCCCUCAUCCUCAUGAUUGCUCACUCGUUACUUUCCGUGGCCACAAGAUAUUGAAAACACUUAUCAGGUGCCACUUCUCGCCGCCUGGUAGCACAGACUCACGAUACGUAUACUCUGGGAGCUACGACGGCUCCGUGUACGUCUGGAACCUCGAUGCCACUCUAGCAGGGAAGGUCAAUGUGCUGAAAGCGACCAAAAACUCGCGGCCACGGGAUCCAACCCUUCUCAAUGAAACGUAUGAUUACUGGGGCAGAAACGGAGGGAGCUGGAUGACGUGUGUCCGAGACGCGAGUUGGCAUCCCCAUGCGCCAGUAAUUGCUGCAACAUCCUGGAACGGCUGGGGCACCUCUCAAGGUACUUGUACAGUGCACUCUUGGAACGACGGCGUCGAAGACGACGAGGCGGAGCCCAAGGUCGGCAGACGCGUUAAUGCUCAGCUGCAGCAUGAUGAGCAGCUGUACAGGACUGCUGAGGGCAGAACCAGAAGGCAACCCAUGUGGUACGAUGAAUGGGCGGACGACGAUUGAUUGAAUAUUUAGUAAUCAGAGCGUACAGAUCUAUGGAUUUGAUGUGGGGUUGGCGAUUAGGUGUUUACCGGGGGUUAGUGAGUUUUACAGUCGUUUGUGAAGCGUGUACAUAUGUUUUCGUAUAGUGUUUUAUGGGAAGGCGUUUGUAAGGGAGGGACGCCACGCUCAUUCUGGGAAUCAAGUCUUCAUAUUGUAAGUCGUUCCAAUACGUCCAAGGUGCAAAACUACCUCGGAAUCGCUGCUACUGAUCGCGCAAGAAGGUUUGUG